GUCUUAGCAUUUGGCAAAUUGAUUAAGGAGAUAUCAAGUAGAGGACUAAUCCUAGCUAGCUUUCCUCCUAUUUGAGGGUGAUUGGGAGCAGAAGAAAUGGGUCAAAAAGGAUGGGAAGGAGUGUGGACUUAUGUUUAUAUGAUGGUGGUGGUACUUCUUAUGCAUGGUGUGAUCGGAGCCGCUCCAAAAAAGCCGGUACCGGUGCCUUUUGGGAAGAACUAUAUGCCCACUUGGGCGUUCGACCACAUUAAGUACUUCAACGGUGGUUCAGACAUCCAACUCAUACUCGACAAAUACACCGGAACAGGUUUCCAAUCCAAGGGCACAUACCUCUUUGGCCAUUUUAGUAUGCGAAUUAAAAUGGUUCCCGGAGAUUCUGCUGGCACUGUCACCGCCUUUUAUUUGGCAUCACAAAAUGCAGAGCAUGAUGAAAUAGACUUCGAGUUCUUAGGGAACAGGACAGGACAGCCAUACAUUCUACAAACGAACGUGUUCACCGGGGGCAAAGGUGACCGGGAGCAACGCAUUUACCUCUGGUUUGAUCCUACCAAAGAUUUCCAUUCCUACUCAGUCCUGUGGAAUGUCCACCAGAUUGUGUUUUUUGUUGAUGACAUUCCAAUAAGGGUGUUUAAGAAUAGCAAACAUUUGGGAGUUCGGUUCCCAUUUGAUCAGCCCAUGAAGAUAUACUCGAGUUUGUGGAAUGCGGAUGACUGGGCAACAAGGGGUGGGUUGGAGAAAACCGACUGGUCCAAGGCACCUUUUGUGGCUGCAUACAAGGACUUCCAUAUCGAUGGUUGCCAAGCGUCUGUGAAUGCCAGAUAUUGUGCAACACAAGGAAAACAUUGGUGGGAUCAGAAGAAAUAUCUUGAUCUUGAUGAUUACCAAUGGCGUCGUCUACGUUGGGUUCGUAGAAAAGUCACAAUUUACAACUAUUGUACUGAUCGCAAACGGUUUCCUAAAAUGCCUCAUGAAUGCAAAAGAGACCGUGAUGCCUAAACAAUAUUCAUUUAGAAUGUUAUCGACUCAUUCGAACAACUUUUUAGAUUUAACGAACAUAAUAAGCUAACUAUUCCAUAAAGAUGUUCAUGUACCAUUAUCCUUUGCCCAUGUUUAUUUAUGUAUUUGAUGUUUAGUAUUUUUAUAUGAUAUGAAUGUGGCACUCUUUUUC